GUGAACUUUGGUCAGUGAUGGUGACAAUUUAGCCUCGUCGGGGACAAUCUGAGAAUUCAGGUACUCAUCGGAUUAGCCCCAGAGGAGGAUUAACAAGCAGUGAGUCAGUCACCAUGUUUAUCGUGUGUAAUAUCUUAUGUUUACGCAAUGAGAUGUGAUAAAUAAUCGGGUGAAGCCAGAGGUAACGGUUUGCAUCGUUCGGGGGAAUUUUAAUCAUGUGGAAACUGAUGAGAGACGUGAGGCUCUAGCCUCUAGCUUUUUGGCUUUGUGGGCUCUUCCCUCUGGAGGGCAUUCAGUCGGAUAUUUUUUCCAAUAAUUUCCAGGGGGUCUGGGGGAGGUUUGGCAGGGGUUACUGAGUUACUCUUGGGUUUGGUUUUAUUAUUUCGUGGUAAACGGUGGGAUGAAGUAAAACAGCUGGAGGAUGAUGAUGGGCGAUCCGUUUCGUGGUAAAGUCGAGCAGUACUCGCCAAAGUCAUCACCGAGGGGUGCACGCUCACCGGUGGUAUCACGACAGGACUCAACGGGAACGUUAAAAACCACCAUUUCACUGGGAAAGAAUCCGUCAAUCGUCCACAGUGGACCCUUCUAUUUGAUGAAGGAACCGCCUGGGGAGAGCGAUUUGACUGGAGCCACCAAUUUGAUGGCCUAUUAUGGCCUUGAGCAUUCGUAUAGCAAAUUCAGUGGGAAGAAACUUAAGGAGCAGUUGUCCUCUUUUCUGCCCAAUCUGCCUGGAAUUAUUGAUACUCCUGGAGAUCAAGACAACAGUUCACUACGUUCUGUAAUUGAGAAACCACCAAUAGUGGGUAAAGAAUUGCUUCCCCUGACAAGUGUUCAAUUAUCAGGCUUUCGUCUUCAUCCUGGACCUUUACCUGAGCAGUAUCGAUACGUGAAUCAAGCGCCCCAGAGAAAACACAAGAACAAACAUAAGAAGCACAAACAUAAACCUGGUGAAGUGCCUGCGGGCCAAGAGGUAGCAGCCACUGACAUCAGCGGUGCUGACACACAUGAGAAAAAACACAAGAAGCAGAAGAGACACGACGAGGAGAAGGAAGCGAGGAAGAAGAGGAAGAAGGAGAAGAAGCGAAAAAAACAGAAACACAGUCCUGAGCAUCCCGGUGGAUUGACACCCUCCCAGCAUUCCAAUUCGUGAUCCAUAAUUUUAACGUCAAAUCGAGAUCACUGGAAUCAACGUGCCGUCAAUGGACUAAUUAUGUUUUAACUGCCUUAUUUUUCCCCCCUCGUAAUUUAUUGGUUGACUGAUCGGUGGAGAAUUGAUAAAUCGUAGCCAAUUGAAGUUUUCCAUUCGAAUUAUUCAUUCAAAAAAAUUUUCAACUGAGAAUCGAAAGGAAAAUUCAAAUUAUUCACGAGAUAAAUAUGUUA